CCUAAGUGGCGGAAACAAUGCUAGAUCAACGACAUUGCUGAUGCUAAAAACAAAUACAGAAAAACAGGAUUCAUCUCAUAAAGCAGAAUAAGUCUAAGUAUCUUAGUUAAAAAAGUAGUUUGCAAUUAAUGCGACAAAAGCAGAGCAAGAAUGAGACCGCCCGUGCGAGCCAAUGGGUGUUAAAAACAAGCGACUCUCUCCCCCAACCAUCCGCGGAAGAAAUUCACAACGCAAGUACACAGCAUCUCCCACUCCUCUGACAAGCUAUUUGUAAACAUUUAUCCUGACAGCGAGUGAGAUACAGGCGUGUACAGGUCAAUAUAUUUAUUUAUGUUUGCUUGUAAAGCCGAAGUCGGCGUCAACAUGGAGAACGGCGGCUUUCAGAGCCAGCUACUGUCCGUCAUGGAGGUCCUGGCCAAGGCGGCGGUGGCGGAGAUAAACCGGCGUGUGGAUGACAGCUGCGCGGUGCUCCGGCUGGAGGUGAGCCAGAGCCGGCGGGACAUCGACCUGCUGAAGAGGAAGUGUGAGGUGAUGGAGGCUGAGCUAAGGAGGACCAGGAUGAGAGCCAGGAGGAAAGUAUUUUAUCCUCCAGCAGCCGAGAGAUUCACUCCUUUAGUCAAAGUGGUGAUGAGCAAAGAGAGACAGAGCACAGAGUGGGAUGCUGAGGCUCAAAAUCAACCCCAGCAGUGUGCAGAGGUGGAGACUGUUAAUGAAGCUGAACACAUACUGAUCAAAGAGGAGUGUGCCGAGGACGACAUGUGGAACUCAGAGGACAAAUUAAUCUCCGAACCUGAGCAGCCAUCAUGUUUCGACGCCUCACAACCUGCCCAGCCUGACGGCUUUACAGAGCGUUACCACUCAGCUGAGGGCUCAGGUGACCCCGCAUCUCUGGUUUCCCCAACGGACGGCUACGACACUUUCCCAGAGCAGAGCAGACACCAAACGGAGGCAGAGCUGGUAGUAAAACACGAGAAUGAGGAAGAGCCAGAUGAGAACGCGGCUCCUCUCGAUUCAGCCCACAAGUUUGUGACAGAGGAAGGUGACGGACAGCUGUGGUCGCCCAAUCUGUGCAGGGACGCUGUUAAUUCGAGCUUCUCGUACUCUGAGCAGCAGUUUGAGCCGAUUCCCUCUGUGUUCCCGUCUCAGAGUGGAUUGCAUUUAGAAGACGUGGUGCCUCAAAUUCACUCAGCGGGGAAAUCACAGUCAGCCGUUGUGAGCGCAGCACGAGUGAAAAGACGAGCCAGAACUUUUGGGUGUAAGAGACCACAACCAGAUGAAGGGCACAGUGCUUUAUCUCAGAUUAACAGCAUGGAUCAAUGCGUGAUUCCUCAACAAUCACAGCAUCAGUAUAGAGACUCAAACCCAAGUGAGGAUUUGACGCCACCAAACCCAGCGCCGUCUUCUUUCUGUGGGCGCAGCAGCUUCGGCCUGGCGAGGAGGAUGAGGACGCCCUGGAGGUCUGGCAUCGGUGAGAAGAGGUUCAGCUGCACGUACUGCGACAAAAGCUUCAUGAGGUUCAGUCAGCUCAAGGAGCACCUGAGGAGUCACACGGGAGAGAAACCGUUCAGCUGCCUGCAGUGCGGCAGGAGCUUCACCAAACAGUGCAACCUCAUCAGACAUGCGGUGGUCCACAGCGGAGAGAAGCCCUACGAGUGCUCGCUGUGUGGGAAGUGCUUCACCCAGCGCUCCAGCCUGAAGUCCCAUCAGAAAACUGCUCACUGAGCUCACAGGGUUUUAUUUUAUACAGCUGGUUCGCCCACAUAUUGAAAAAAAGUGUUUUCUUUGUUUUUAUCGUUGUUUCAUUGU